AUGUCUUCAUCCGUUGUGUAUCCCUCGCAUCUUCGCCCAUUUCCCCCUUCUCCAGCAUCGUCCACGAGAUAUCCGCAGCCGCAUAUACGUCCACCUCUGAACUCGCGCAAGGUAUUAUACACCUCUCCGGCCCACGAAGCUGCCCUCUUCACGGGUGGUCUUCGUACGCCGCCAGCCGAGGACAACAUGAGCACCGCCUACCAGAACCCGCCGCUAUCCAACACCUACAACAACCAUGUGGCUCUUGCGAGGCAGCCAAGUGUGCUAAUGCAGACGGGUCGGACGGGAGGAGGAGUGUCUUACGAUGCGGCCACCAUUCCAUUCACGAGAACGCAGCCGCAACAUCAACAGCAACAGCAACAGCAACAGCAACAGCAACAGCACCUGCCCCAGCACCAGCAGAACCACCAACCUCAGUACCCUCAGUACUCACAACCCCUCACUGCCUCGACUCUCGCGUCGCAAUCGAAAUCUGCCUCAUCGCGACACUCGACACGGCCCUCGUCACCCGCAUCGACUGGGACCCUUAGUGUACACUCGGAAGGUACCGUCUCUCGGAGGGAUUCAACCAUGGUGAUGCACAGCCUGCAGCUGCCAUCCUGCAUCAGCCCGAAUGGUGGCAACUUGGACGAAUUUGCUGCGAUGAUGACAUGUUUCUUCUGGUUCGAGACCAUGGAUACGAUACAGAGCGCCGAGCACAUAAGCAGCCGUCGACCAUCCGAUCCCAUUCCUCGACUGUCCAGAUACACCGAACCGUGUGAAUCAUACAAAAAAUGGGUCCACAGCGUCCUGUCGACAACCCAAGUCACGCAGAAUGUAGUUCUGCUGGCGCUGCUAUUCGUGUACCGGCUGAAGAGAACAAACCCCAAGGUCAAUGGCAAUCCGGGCAGUGAAUACAGGCUGUUGACGGUGGCACUGAUGCUGGGUAACAAGUUCUUGGACGAUAACACCUACACGAACAAAACCUGGGCUGAAGUUUCAGGCAUCUCGGUCAAGGAAAUUCACGUGAUGGAGGUAGAGUUUCUUAGCAACAUGCGCUACGGCCUAUUGACGUCCAAGGAGCAAUGGCAAGAUUGGUUGAAGAAGCUAGCGUGCUACCACGACUACUGCGAAAGAGCAAAGAUGGAGGAGCGAAUCCGACAGACGCAGCCGCCUAUUCACCUGUCAUCGCCAACACAUGGCAGAUUUACAUCACCACUACCUUCACCCACCAGCAUCCUGCCCUCGACGAUGCCGGGCUCGUCCUCGUCCCUCGCAGCGCCUUACACACCGAGCCAGAAUUGGCAAGGUUUCUACCACCCGACACCGUCCAUUUCUCCGCUGGCUGCGAAACCGAGCCUAGGACAUCCUCUCGUGCGGAAGCGAAGCCUGGAAGGUGGCGAUGCCAUGGAGCCAGCCCCGAAGAGAGCUCCUCGCCAAUCUGCUAUGGGAAUGGUUCAUUCAGCUCGGCCGACCCCUAUUCGCGCCGAUUCGGGACGCUCAUCGGUGCCUCAGCUUACACUGGACACGAGUCAAAUUGCGCCACCGACUACAUACGGCUUCUCGUCGCAGCCCAUCAUCUCUCUGCCUCCCCUAGACCCGAACGUCAGAGCGAUGUCGACCGUGUAUCCCACGGUAGCGACGUCUUGGGUACCGCAAGGUUCCACCAUGGCAACGUGCGGGCCACAAACACCGUCAUACGCCAUCCCAUCGAAUUAUGGGACGCCUUCUAAGCGACAUAGUCCGACUGGUAUGCCAAUGUUUGGUUCGUCGCCGCUGACUGAGCACUUUGCGUCACACACACCGAUAUCCAACUCGCCCUCGGUCUAUCUGCAGCAGCGAGCAAGUCCAUACAAGCCGGUUCGGCGGGUGAACACGCUUCUUAAUCCUCCUCCUUCGAUGCCCCUUAGCGAAUACCACAUGGGCUCGAACCACAUGCACUACCAACCAUUAGGCCGACGCAACGACCUCCGAUCUGGUAUAGUGCCGGAAUUUCUGCCGGGAUAUGGCAAUCCGCGGCCUCCAGUUCAACAUUACCAUCAAUGA